GUCGACUAAGCAUUAUACCAUACCUAUCUAGUUCUUUCUUUCAUCCUGGUUUGGUUAUUGACAACAUGUGUAUUUAUUAAUUUAUUAUUAUUUAUAUUUGAACGGUAUCAUAGUGCUAUCAUUAAUUCCCACAAGAUUAGUAGGACGAAUAUUAUCUAUAAAUGAUGAAAAAUAUAAAUUCUUAAUUGAAGAAAAUGGUUCACGUGUGUACUUAAGAGCGGUGUUUCUUGGGGGCUCUUUUCCAUAUAAAUGAUGAUGAGGAUACCUAAGCCACCAUUCCACAAACGUUCAACAUGAUCUCCCAACUCUUCUUCAUGUUAGCUGCUUCUUCCAUCUUUAUAUCUUACUCAUCUGGUAGUCCAUUCUACAAACACGAAAAUAGAGGAUUAUGUGGAUCACGAUUGGUGGACACCUUGGCAAUUGUUUGCAAUUACCAUUACAAUUCACCAGUAAACAAGAAAUCAGUGAAAUGGAAUCUUGAGGAAGCUUCUGACUACUCAGAUGAUUAUAAUACAAAUGCCCUAACAGCUCCUGGUUAUCAUUGGUUAGAUAAUGAUUUGAACUUAUUCAUCCCAGUCAGGCAUCAGAGAGGAAUUGUGGAAGAAUGCUGUAAAAAGCCAUGCUCACUAAGUGAGCUCAAAUCCUACUGUUCGGCGGUCUUAUAAAUUCAUACCAAUAUUUAUAUUAUAUUAACAUAAACUCUGGACACCACUCUUAUUAAAUAUAAAACUGUUUUUGAA